CACAGCAGCCAAGUGAAACUGGACGCUGAACUGACCCCUGACCUUGGGAGCCAGGCAAGGUCAUAAAUCACUCUAACCUGCUCAGGAAGAUCAUCAUAAGCCCAAAUAACAUCCAAAUAAAACUGAGAUGCAGACUGUCAGAAGAAAACAAAAUAAAUUUUUACGACACCAAAGUGUUAUAUAGUGAAUACAGAAAGCGUUUGUUGGUUACAUAUACAUUACACAUUAUGGUGUGUGAUGCACCCAGCUAGUUGCCAUCCAAAUGAAGUGAGAUCAUAAAAUCAACUUUUGGUCAACAACGAACAUCUUCUGCCUCUACAACUCUCCUGGGUUGCCGAAUAACAAGUACGUAUAUCUCAGGAGUCAAUCUGCCCAGUCUCACUCUCUCGACAACAUGCGGACUGCAAUUAUACCUUUCUUACAUCUCCUCCUUGCUGUGGGGCCGCUAUCAGCAUCCCCCUUCACCUACACGGCAGUUGCACCCCUUCGGAUCACCCCGAACGCCAAGUUUGUCGUCACUACCACCCUUCACACUACUCCUGCCGACCCCGUCAAAUUCUCAUUUGUCCUCCAGGAUGUCAAGAACGUGAGUGUGGCUUCUACAGACGCUACUUUAUCUAAAGAGGGAAAGGAAGAUGUGGAGCUUAACGUGGGGGCCCUUCAGGACGAAAACUACAACUUCACAGUCACAGCCACAUCCGGAAGCGUUGUUCACACCGAACAAAUCCUCGUUCAACGCGAGACAAAGGAGAGAGCUGUUCUCAUUCAGACAGACAAACCGGUCUACAAGCCUGGAGAAACUGUGAAAUUCAGAAUCUUUCUUCUAUCAAAAUUUUUCCAACCACUGAGCACGGACAAGAGUGUGACAGUCACUGUUUACGACCCCCAACGCAACGUAAUCAAGUCAUGGCCCAAGGUGGCCCCUCUAAAUGUCACCUCUGGUCGCGGAUUCGGUUCGGAAGAGUUCCAGUUGUCACCUGAGCCCAAUCUCGGCCAAUGGAGCGUGGAGGCAGUGGACACUGACGGAGAAGCAGAAAGAUCUACGCUUAACUUUGACGUUGACCAAUAUGUCCUCCCAAAAUUUGUCGUUUCCCUCACCUCAACCCCCAGUUUUGUUACUUACAACGACUCUCAACUAACAAUUCGGAUUUCGGCUCUCUACACUCAUGGCAAACCUGUACCUGCAACGUGCACCGUAAUUCUUAAGGAACCGUACACGUAUUACUUACGCGAAGGUCGUGUCGCCUCAGUUUCCAAAACAGCGGUCACUCAGGAAGGAGUGGCCAAUUUGGAAUUUGACGUAAAGAAAGAGUUGAAACUCAACGCGGAUGAGGUGAACAAGUGGGGCAAAACCUUUUCAUUUUUUGCAUCAUGCCAGGACAUUGCGUCCGGUCACGUUCGCAACGAAACGCUAAGUGUGACCAUGUACCAACUAUCAUACAAAGUUGAACUGGUUGAAAGGCCUUCAGCCAUCCGUCCCGGAUUUCCUCUCAAUAUUACUCUCAAGGUGACCACUCAUGAUGAUGUACCUGUUGGCGACAGUAGCCCAGACGCUUUGAAGGUGGAACAUGGUUUCGACUAUAGCGCAGAAGGAGGAGUCCUACGCACUUCCGUCCCACCCAAUGGCAUUGUCGUCCUCGAGUUUGUGGCACCAACAAACCCCAAAGUUUGCUACGAAGCUAUUGAUGUGACGUUCAAAGAAGCUAAAGAAAGCUUUUGGUUGCCAUCCAAGCGGACUUCCUCAACGGCAAGCUACAUGCAACUCCAACUCCUCACCCCUGCAUCAGAAGUUCAUGAAGGGGAACCCGUGCGGUUUAAUGUUAAAACCAGCCGACCCACGCGUCAUUUGAACGCACUGACUUUAUCCAGAGGUUCUGUACGUAGAUCAGAACUUGUUGAAAUGGUGAACAAGCCCAAUAAAAUCGUGGCCAUGGAUUCUGAUAUCUCCAUAAUCCUUCCACCCCAGUCAUCCCCAAGAGCACAUGUCCUUUUCUACACUACGUUCGACAAUGGUGACCUUAUCGCCGACUCGAUUCAAUUAGAUGUUCUUCCAGACAAGUCCAAUGAGGUUGUUGUAUCUGUUGCACCAUCUACUCAAGAGCCAGGCAACAAUGUGUCCAUCUCUGUCAAAGGUCGAAAAUGGCCUGGAAAAACGUCUGUAUUUGGCCUUCGUGCAGUUGACCAAUCUGUCCUUUUGUUGAAGAAAGACAAUGACUUGUCUCAAGAUAAAUUAGCUCAAGUCGCCAACAACUUCCGAUCGCGUGGGAACUACUGGGGUGGUUCAGAGAUAUUUCAACAAUUUGUGGACAAUGGUCUCGGAAUAUUCACAAACACCAAGUUGGACAAGGGUCAACUGCAGUCACCUCUUCCACCCGCCUUGCCAAUGUUCUCAAAAAUAUCUGCUGAAAUGGCAUAUGACACUCAGAGUGAGGAAGAAAAAUUAGAUUUCCAAGGGGCUCCGGUACCUCAACGACUCCCUGUCCGUCUAAGUGGGAGUUCAGCAGCAUUUGCCGCCGGAAGUAGUGGUGGAGGAGCACCACCCCCUCCACGUAUUCGAACAAAUUUUCCUGAAACGUGGAUUUGGGAAGAUGUGGAAAGUAGUGAUGGCGAAAUAACUCUUCACAAAACCGUUCCUGACACAAUCACUUCUUGGUUCGUAUCUGCCUUCCAAGUAGACAAAAUGACAGGACUAAGUUUGGGUACAAGUCCAGCCAAGGUCACAGUCUUCCGACCUUUCUUCAUUGUCCUCAACCUACCCUACUCGGUCAUUAAAGGGGAGAUUCUGGUUCUUCAGGUACUUAUUCAUAACUACCUGGAUAAACCUGUUACCGCCGCAGUAACGUUAGACAAUGCUGACGGCUUCUUCAAAUUUGUGGAUGCUGAAAAUGAAAUCAGUUCAAAUGAUGGAAAACCUGCGACCGAAAUGACAAAGAAUGUCCAUGUUAAUGCAUCCUCCAUUUCCACGUUGACUUUCCCAAUCUCUCCUCUUAAGCACGGCAUCAUGACCCUCAAGGCCAAGGCCACAACUCCUGAGGCAGGUGAUGCUCUAGUUCGAACACUUAUCGUAAAGCCACCAGGCAUCCGUCACGUUCAAAACAGUGCAGUACUUGUAAACUUGUUGACUUCACCCACGUUUUCCGCCAAAGGGUUGUCUGCAGUAUUUCCCGAUAAUCGUGUCCCUGAUGCAGACUCAUUGAAAGUUUCUGUUAUCGGUGACAUCCUCGGAGGAACACUCCACAACUUGGAUAAGUUGAUCCAACUUCCACGAGGUUGUGGAGAACAGAACAUGGUGAAUUUUGUGCCUAAUAUUGUCGUCCUGGACUACCUUAACGUCACAGGAGGCCUCACCGAUGACAUUAGAAGAAAAACAACCCAGUUUUUGGAGAGAGGUUACCAACAGCAGUUGACAUAUUUUCGAAACGACGGCUCAUUCUCAGCCUUUGGGAAAUCAGACAGCACUGGUUCAACUUGGUUAACGGCUUUUGUCACUCGAGCAUUUAUCCAAGCUCGAAAAUACAUCACUGUGGAUGAAGAAGUCAUCAAUCGAUCGCUUCGUUUUCUCAUUCGUCAACAGAAUGAUAACGGAAGUUUUGCUGAGGAUGGUUUCGUGUAUGAUAAGUCCCUUCAAGGCGGAGUCGGUGGUCAAGGCCAAGUGGCACUCACCGCCUUCACCCUUCUCGCAUUCGUUGAGGCCGACGCAGGUGGUCUGAAACCGAAUGCAUCUGUUCUGGAACAAGGGUUGGCCUUCAUCUUUAACCAGACAUUAAAUAAGGACCCCUACACAGCUAAUUUGGUCAGCUACCUCCUCCACCGAGCCAACCAUCCCCGUAAGGACGACUAUUAUAAAAUAUCUAAGGAUCUAGUCCGCCAUGAGAAUGACACCAUUCAUUGGGAACAAAUCAGUAAACAGCGACCAAGCAGCAACAUUACCACAAGUUUUAAGCCCAUGUGGAGAGAGAUCAACAGGAUAAAGCCAGCCACUGUAGAAAUUACAUCGUAUGGACUUUUGACCUACGUCAUGCGUCGCGAGUUGGAUGACGCCGUUUCAAUUUCAAAAUGGCUAUUGCGUCACCGGAACGCAGAGGGCGGUUUCUUCUCAACACAAGAUACAAUUGUUGGAAUAACUUCGCUUGCCGAGUUUGCACAAGCCAUUAGCAUUGGUGAGGGCGCAGUCGAAGUAAAGGUGUCAUGGGCUGAUGGGAGUCACGACUUUCAAGUUGCUCCCUCUAAUCGAAUAGUUGUUCAAGAGUUCAUUUUGCCACCCAAUGUACACCUGGUAGACUUAAGUGGUACUGGAAAAGGAACCGCAUUAGCCCAACUUACUUGGAGCUAUUAUGUAGAACAGACUGACGCGGAGCCUGCUUUUGAGCUUACCACCGACGUGAAGGAAAAGGACAAAGGACGAACUUUGACCAUGAAGAUUUGUGCCGCAUAUACUCGUGGGGAUCGUUCCAACAUGGCAAUCGUGGAGGCCAACACUCCAUCAGGAUAUGCAUUUGACGAGGAGGAAUUGAUUUCCUUGAGGAACAACGAGGGAGUCUUCAAACGAUAUGAGCUGGAGAAUAAGGACUCUCAUGUCAACUUGUAUUUUGAGGGCUUGGAGGCGCAAAGCAAGUGUGUUUCCCUCUUGGCGUAUCGAAUUUAUUUGGUGGCGAAGCAUGCACCAGGGGAAGUUUCCGUCUACGACUAUUAUGACAAUACACAAAAGGCACAAGUUCUGUACCCCGUUCCUCCCGUGUCUCUCUGCGACAUUUGUGCCACAGAACCAUCGUGCAAGAUCGCGGAGUGUGCCUAAAUAUUUGGUUUAUGUACAAUUUUACACCAUAUUUUCAUUAAGUACUCGACCUGCCACACUGUAUUACCUUUACUGCUCAAUAAAAUUUAAGAAAAACACA